AUGCCAACCUCCCAGCAACUCGGCGGUCCCGCCACUUUCGGGUACUCAGACCACCCCGAUUCUUCAUGCAGACUGCCCGCUUCAUGCCUCGACGACAGCUCACAUCUUGCAAUCAACACCAGCUUACCCCUUCAAAAUACAGGAGGAGGCCCUCCUCAACCAUAUAAUGAUCUUGUAGCCGCUUCGUCAUCUGGAGACGAACAGCCCUUACGUUUUUCAUUCCAAAACGACCUUGUGCUUCCAAACUCAUACCAGUUCGCUUCGAGUGCACCAGAAAACUCAAUCUAUCCCUCAACUCAGCCUCAUCUUCUAAACCAAUCCGCUGGUGAUCAUAUCAGCGAUCUUUCGGCCGCACCAAUGUUCCUUUCAUCGAUGCAGUCGUCGUUGCGUAGACUGGCACCUGCCCCUCCAAAACCAACCAACGCUAUGAGCCUCUCCGAUGGUUCAAUUCUGGUGGGAAACUGCCCUCAGCCUUCGCCUGUGUCGGUCGACCAUCAGACUAGAGGAAAAGUUUCUCUAGGAGGCAUCCCUAUCCGCAGCAAGCCUAUUGAGCAUAGCCCAAUAGUGGGUGGCUUCACUCUUCAAGGAAGACCCACUGCGGGUAUCGUUUAA